CGACAUUUCAUUUCUUCGAGGAAGGAGCCAAUAUGGCUACCCAUCACAAAGAUACAGUUUGACUGGAGACAUGGACUCAGUUCAUCCCUUUUUGGAGUUUGUUUAUCAAAAUAGUCUGUGUUUAUAGUUGGUGGGUGUAAAGUUAUGGCAUCUCAGGAAAAGAUCAAACUUCUAUUUGAAGAUCUUGGGAAACCAACUUUACGAGGUGUACGGAAGUGUCCUAAAUGUGGAACCUAUAAUGGCACUAGGGGGAUUAGUUGCAAGAACAAGGCUUGUGAUGUUGUGUUCAAGGAGAAGGAACGGAAGAGGGGCCAUAGUGCUGAUGCAGUCAAAAUCAUCACUGGUUCAACAGUGCAGGUUUUCUCAGUGCGACUCCGUGAUCGAGGACCUGACUACCGAGGGUUUGUACAACUACCACUAGUUCAAGAUCUAGAUGGGAAUCCAGCCACAAUGGUAGAUCCCUCAGUGCUUGCUACAGCAGCAAGGUGCUAUGUGGACACAUGUAGUCGGAACACAAACCAGAUCAACAUCCAACAAGAUCAACCUUGUGCUCACAUCAAAGCUGCCAUUGAAUGCACAGCUGAAGCUCAGCCCCUCACUCUGAAGAACUCUGUACUAAAUUCCCUUCAAGUCUCAAAUGAAACAAAGCAAGCAAUCUGGCUUCUGGCCACCGAGACAACAGGUCCCCUUGUACAGAGAGUCACUAAGAAUAUCAUGGUAGUCAAAUGCAAACCCAAUCCCAAACAACCACUAGGCUUCCUUCAUUUUGCCUUCUUUGAGACAUCGAGAAACCGAAACGCACCAGACUACAAGUUUCAAUGUAGCUGUAAGAUAUUUAAGAAUUUCAAACCAGGUGUACCAAAGGAUGACAGCAUGAAGCGAUGUGUCCACUUUUAUGCUUGUAUCUGCGCAUUUGCUAGUGAUGAUAAAUUGGCAGAAGAAUUUGAGCAUUAUGUCAACUUGGACAAUGCCUUAUCCACGAUAACGCCAAGCGUCAGUGUGACUGAGCGGCAGGUGCUCACGAUCUAUCAAACAGCUGAUGGUUCCACGCUUACCACUACUGACCCCAGCACACUCGAGGUCAUCGUCACAGAGGAAGAUAUUCUUGGUCCUACGUCUGCCAAAAAGAAGAAGAAAGAUGAUACUCUGGCUCAAGCCAGCAGUGCACUGCUCACACUGCAGGAGGGUACACCUGCACCAAAGAAAGCCAGUCCUGUCAAACAGCAGACACAGCAGACUGUGAAGACCAUUGUCACGACUCCAAAGAAACCUGUCCAGACCCCGUUCCUGGAUGAGACUCAGACCAUCAUCACCUGGCACCAGUGGCUGGCUAGCGUCACCGAGAGGAUCAACCAGACCAUGCACUACCAGUUUGAUGGUAACCCAGAGCCCCUUGUGUUCCAUGCACCGCAAGUGUUCUUUGACUGUCUCCAACAAAGAAUCUCAGCUGGAAGUCGCAAGAAACGCUUGCCCAACUACACUACUGGCUUUGUGAGGAAGGAUGCCCUCCCACUGGGCACCUUCACCAAAUACACAUGGCAUAUCACUAACAUACUCCACGUCAAGCAGAUAUUUGACACACCAGAAAUGCCUCUGGAGAUUACAAGGAACUUUGUGGAGAACAGGGAUGGGACAUUUGAUCUGUAUGAGAUACCUAAAGUACAGGUGGAAAAUAUUGAUGAUUCUUUCAAGGGAAAAACACAGACUCCUAUCAGACCAUUUGAACUGAAGACCUUUCUCAAAGUUGGUAAUAUCAGUGGAGAAAGCAAAGAUCCCACACCCUUCAUAAUCGAAUGGAUACCCGACAUUUUACCACGGUCUCGGAUAGGCGAGCUGAGGAUCAAAUUUGAAUACGGUCAUCAACGAAAUGGACAAAUUGAGCACAGAAUCUCAGCUCCUAGUUCUGAUAUCCCUAUACAGACAAUACAGUUUCAGGAGGUGUGUCAAACGUAACACAUGAGUCUCUAGUUGAACCAUUAUUGGGGAGAACGCUCUCAUCAAGCCAGUGGUGGGACACUAUCACUUUGAGUUGCCUCCCUUCGUCCAAGGCUAAGGUUGCAAGAAGGGAGACAACCUGCAACAGUGUCCACAUCUGAACAAAUGGCAUAUCUAUCUUGAAGAUAAAUAACCAAACAGUAUUGCUGGCUCUUGGCAUGUUUGUGUGUUCAAUUUUGUGAAUGUCUGCGAAUGAAUCCUGCUUGUAAUUGUGGUAACUUAGUGUUGCCAUGGAUACUGUAGCUUCAUGCUGUCUCAUCAAAGGCUGCGCAAGUGUGUUGCCAUUUAUGGAAAAAACAUGCCUCAUACAGAACUGGUACCUGAAAAGGGAUGAAGAAUAACUGAGAUUAUCUGUAUAUAGAGUGAGUUGCCAUGGUAUCAGUAACUGCUACAAACUGAAAUGUAUAAGUUGGCAGUAAAGGCCCAGUUCACAAGCUCUGGUGGAUACAAAUCUUAAUUCCUCAGGUUUGGAGAUCAGGGUGGCUAAUGGGGGAGAUGGCGCAACACACCCUUUUUCUCCUGUUUUUGAUAGUAAUUAAACCAAGCAAACAGUUCGAUCCUAUUGUAAUGUAUAUGCUGUUAUGAGUUUUUCGACAAGGUAUAUUCUAUUUGUAAUGGUACAAAUAAUAUUCCGAAUCUAGUUGAUAAAUGUUCUGAAAAGGCAGGGCAAAACAAGAGAAUAAAUAUCGUUUUCAGAAUGAAUUUUUGGGUGGGGUGUACCUCAUAAUUUAAGUAAUCAAGUUUCCUGUGAACAAAUCAGCAUUAAGGUGUCCAAAGUGUUUGUAGAGGUAAGUGAAAUGUUGAGAGCAAAUUAUCAGAUUUCUAUCCUUCUCUGCCCAUCAAUCACCCUAUAAUUUUUCCUUUGUGUUCUGCCCAUCAGUCUCCAUGUAGUGUCUGCCCAUAAUGCCUAACAGUCUCCCUGUUAAGCUGGCCUGUUCUGCCCAUCAAUCUCCCUGUAACAUCAGCCUGUACUCUCUCCAUCAGUCUCUCUGUAACAUCAGCCUGUACUCUCUCCAUCAGUCUCUCUGUAACAUCAGCCUGUACUCUCUCCAUCAGUCUCUGUAACAUCAGCCUGUACUCUCUCCAUCAGUCUCUCUGUAACAUCAGACUGUUCUGUCAAUGAGUCUCUCGGUAUACCUAUCAGUCAUGCAGCAGUAAUCCCCUGCAGUCAAUAUUGCUAAUGUGUUGUACAUUAACACAAAACUGUUCAUGUUAUAUUGUAUGUUUAGCCCAUGGUUUUGUAAGUUAUUUUUGUGUUACUUAACUUAUUUGUAUCUUUCCCAAAUGACUGGAGGAGAUGCUUGUCACUGCUACAUCAACUUGUACAGAUUCUCCUGUGCUUGACUAACUCAACAAGCCUUGCAGAACAUGCUUUGUCAACCUUUACAAGACAGGAUUAUAAAGACUGGCUAGUCUGACUUAUUCUUGUUCAUCAAAAAGAACUGUCACUAUCUGCUAUAAGGUUUUAUUCAAGAAAAGUACUUGAAUUUCAGGAAGUUAUAUGAAAAUGGCCGCAAUGUGUAAACUUAUAUGAGCUUGCCUGAAGAAAUAGUAUAAAGGUAGCGAUAAAAGUGGACCCACAGAACACCAGGUCUCUAUGGAAUUGUUCGAAGGAGAAUCUGAUAAAAAUGGCUUUUUUAAAAAAUUGUACAACACUGCCCUGAAUAUUAAACUGCAACUUUUGGUAAAUUCACUGUUGUAGCUUCUUGUUAAUUGUUGGCUGAAGUAUCUUAAGGAAUAUUUAUACAUAAAUGAAUAGCUAGAUAAUUCUCAAGGAAAUAGGAGUAUCUUCUCUGGGUUAAAACAGUACCAUGACAGCUCCAUGUAGAGAAGGCGUCCACUGUUGGAAUGUUGAGGACAGUCAGUGUGAUCGUGGAGAGGGGUACUGCUGUAUACAUAACCUCUGUCAUGUGGAGCUCAGUACUGUACACUUAACCCCUGUAUGUCACAUGACAUAAGGCUGGCGGUGGGGUAGCCUAGUGGUUAAAGCAUUCGCUCGUCACGCCAAAGACCCGGGUUCGAUUCCCCACAUGGGUACAAUGUGUGAAGCCAAUUUCCGGUGUCCCCACUGUGAUAUUGCUGCAAUAUUGCAAAAAGCAGUGUAAAACUAAAAACUCACUCACUCUCAUAAGGCUGAGUAUAGAGUACAGAACCUCUAUCUGAUUUGGAGCUGGGUGCUACCGUCUUCAGAACCUGUCACAUGGAGCUCAGUACUGUACACAUAACAUCUUUGUCACUUGGACCUGAGUACUGUAUACAGAGCUGCUGCAUAGAACCUUUCUAUGCCAUGUACACCUGGGUACUGCUGUCUACAUAUCCUUUCCUGAGCAAUAGCUGUCUGAAUAUACACAGUAAUAAAGUUGUGGCAGUGAUUGCCUCUGGAUGUUAACCAUUACAAA